GAGCCUGGGUCUGGACUGGAAUUGAAUGUUUGGAGGCUCCUGCUGAGGGAGCAGCUAGCUGUGGCACUGCUGUGUUUUCUUCUGGCAAUUUUCGCACCAGGGCCUGGUGCCAAGAAUGUCAACAGGAGUUUUGGCUUUUGCUUGUGAGACAGAAAUUCAGAGUAAAGCCACAAAGGGAAUGGCCACAUCACCAGUAAAUGCUCACCAGGAAAGCAUUUUGUCCAGAAAAACAUGGGAAAUGGAUAAUUUUCCAUUACAGGGUCUAUUGACAUUCAGGGAUGUGGUUGUGGACUUUACUCAAGAGGAAUGGGAAUGUCUGGAGUCUUCUUGGAAGGCUUUAUACAUCGAUGUGAUGCUGGAGAAUUACAACAAUCUAGUCUUUGUAGAGAAACAUCACAUAUGUGAAAAAAAUGAAAAGUUCUUAGAUCAAGACUCAAAGCACAUUGGCUAUCAGUCUGUGAAUAUCCAAAAGAAGCCUAAUAAAUGUAAUAAACUUGGCAAAAUGGUCCAUGAAUCAUCCCAAUGUACACUUUAUAACACAAAUGAUACUACAGAAAACUGCAAUGAGUAUGGUUGGGUCUACCACAAGGAUGCUUCUAUUGAAUCAUCAAACCUAAACAGUCAUAAAAGUCUGAACAGUGGAGAAGAACCCUGUAAAUGUAAAGACUGUGGGAAAUGUACCAACACUAGUCAAAAUCACAGAAAGAACACUGGAAAGAAAGGAGACAGAAAUUCAGAAUAUGAUAUAUCAUUUGGUUCUAAACAUAAACUCACAUUGAAACAAUUCCAUAGUAGAGAGGAACAACACCAAUGUAGGACAUGUGGACAGUGCUUCCUGACCCACUCGAGCCUCAGUAGACAACAGAGAAAUCAUUUUGGAUCAAAAUCCUACAAUUGUGAACAAUGUGGCAAUUGCUUUUCUCAGUUGUAUCAGGUUAAAAAACAUUUCAAAACCCAUACUGGAGAGAAACCUUACAAAUAUAGUGAUUGUGAAAAUUCCUUCACCAGUGUUUCUUGUCUUAGGAAUCAUCAGAUAAAUUAUACAGGAGAAAAAUCUUACAAAUGCAGAGAAUGUGGUAAAUGUUUUACCCGACUGACACAUCUAAGAACUCAUCAGAGACUUCAUACAGGAGAAAAACCUUACAAAUGCAGAGAAUGUGGCAAAUCCUUUACUUGUGGCUCAAGUCUUAGAGAACAUCAGAGAAUCCAUACAGGAGAGAAACCUUACAAAUGUAUUGAGUGUGAGAAAUCAUUUAAACAUGGCUCAACUCUUAGAACACAUCAAAGAAUUCAUACAGGAGACAAACCUUACAAAUGUAGUGAAUGUGAGAAAUCUUUUACAUAUGGCUCAACAUUCAGAAACCAUCAGAGAUUUCAUACAGGAGAAAUUCCUUAUAAAUGUAGUGAAUGUCAGAAAUCUUUUACAUGUGUCUCAACGCUUAGAAACCAUCAGACAUUUCAUAAAGAAGAAAAUCCAUACAAAUGUAGUGAAUGUAAGAAAUUCUUUACAUCUGGCUCAAAUCUUAGAAAACAUUACAGGAUUCAUACAGGACAUAAACCUUAUAAAUGCAGUGAAUGUGAGAAAUCAUUCCCAUUUGUCUCAACUCUUAAAAGACAUCAGAACACUCAUAUAGGAGAGAAACCUUACAAAUGCAAGGAAUGUCAGAAAUCUUUUACACAUGACUCAAGUCUUAGAAUACAUCAGAGAAUUCACACAGGGGAGAAACCUUACAAAUGUAGUGAAUGUGACAAAGUCUUUACACGCCUCUCAAGUCUAAGAAAACAUGAGAAAAUUCACACUAGGGACAAAAUUUUCAACAUUUGUACAAGGAAAUUAAGCCUCUCUUCGAUCUUUCACAGAAACCAAUUUCUCUGGUCACCCCUGGGCACCUUUACAGUCAUUCUGAAGAAACAUCGCAUAUGUGGUAAAUAUGAGAACAUCAUGGAUCAAGGAUCAAUGAGUACUGUCUAUCAGCAUGUGAAUAUCCAAAAGAAGUCUUAUAAAAAUAAUGACCUUGGCAAAAUGCUUUAUGAAUCAUCUCAGUGUAUACCUUAUAACAUCAGCAAUACUACAGGAAACCAUCAGAGAAUUCAUAUAGGAAAGGAACCUUACAAAUAUGGUGAAUGUGAAAAGUCCUUUGGAUUUAGCUCAAAUCUUGGAACACAUCAGAAAUCUCAUAAAGGACAGAAACCUCACAAAUGUAGUGAAUGUGAGAAGUCAUUUACAUGUAAUUCAACUCUUAAAAAUCAUCAGAAGAUUCAUACAGGAGGGAAACCUUACAAAUGUGAAUGUGAGAAGUCAUUUGCAUAUAAUUCAGUUCUUAAAACUCAUCAGAAGAGUCAUACAGGAGAGAAACCUUACAAAUGUAGUGAAUGUGAGAAGUCAUUUACAUGUCGUUCAACUCUUAAAAAUCAGCAGAGAAUUCAUACAGAAGGGAAACCUUAUAAAUGUAGUGAAUGUGAGAAGUCAUUUUUAUAUAAUUCAAUUCUUAAAAAUCAUCAGAGAAUUCAUACAGGAGAAAAACCUCACAAAUGUAGUGAAUGUGAGAAGUCAUUUACACAUAGUUCAAAUUUUAAAAAUCAUCAGAGAACUCAUACAGGAGAGAAACCUUACAAAUGUAGGGAAUGUGAGAAAUCCUUUGGAUCUGGCUCAACUCUUAUAAAACAUCAGAGAAUUCAUACAGGUAAGAAACCUUACAAACAUAAUGAAUGUAUAAAAUCCUUUGCAUGUAUUACAAAUCUUGAGUCACAUAAGAAAAUUCAUACAGGGAAGAAACCUUAAAUGUAGAAUAUGUAAUAAAUUCUUUAAAUAUAGAUCAGGACUUAGAAAACAUGAGAAAAUUCAUACAGAAGAAAGAUCUUACAAAUGUUGGGAAUGUGAGAACUCCUUUUCAAGUUCUUCAAAACUUAGAAUACAUAAGCAACUACAUAUAGGAGAGAAACCUCACAAUGUAGUGUAUGUGUGAAAUCAUUCAUAUGCUGCAACAUGUAAACAAGCCUACACAUGUGGAGUGGGCUCAGGGUGUCCAUUGUUCAUAAGUUGUAUCCCAAGGUGGAUUGGAGUUUCAUGGUAGCAACUAUCUGAGCCCUUUUUACAACUGUAAGCAACUCCUUUCACAUAUACCUGUAAGUAACCUGAAAAAAACUCAUUCAUUCAGCAAGAUUAACUUCAGUGACAUCCUUUGUUCUGUUUCAGUUUUUUUUUUUGCAGAGAAGCUCUGGCUUUACUUGGGAAGUGGACUGUGGGGGUUCCAACUCUCCAGUUAAGUCAGAUUUUAGGCAUUUCUGGGUACCUUUCAAUCACUGAAAGACUGGUAAGCCCAACUGUUAAGCAAUAUAUACUCCACUAAGCGAUAUAUACUCCGCUUCAUUCCUGCUCCCUCAUGGACUGACAUUCUGCAUCCUGUGGGCAGGGAGUCUGGUGGAGUUCAGCAAACACCAAGGCUGCAUCAGGCACAAGAAUGCAGAAACUGGCAAUUCUGUGAUCUCAGUAAGUGGACACUGAGCACCCACCAUCUGGACCCCAGGUUUUUCUGAAAAUCAUGUUGUGCUCAAUGACAACAACAACAAAAAUAUAUGUAAAGUAAGUUCCCAGAAACUGAAUGCUGCCAAGUUCCUGGAUGACAAACUCAGUCUACCUUGCUUACAGGAGUACAUCAGUGGUACAGAAGCUAGUUUCAUCUGCCUAUACACUGGUAAAUGAUUGUGGAAGCAAAGAAGUGUGUGCCAGGCAUUUCUUAUUUGCACAGCAGGCUAUGCCUGCCAGGGUGAUGUCCAGUUUCUAGCUGCAGAAGCCUCUCCUCCUGGGCCCUCUGGAGAUGCUCUCACUGAAGAUGUCUUCAGGUGUUCUCAGUCUCUUAAUGGCCCAUAGGCAGUCAAGUGGUACAGGAGGAAUGACAGUCAUUCCUGCUAUACACACAAUCUUACUGGAAAAAAGCAACAAUAACCUGGCUGCUGUAUAUCAAGACAUGUUUUCUCUUAAUGCUGCCACACCAUAAGCUGAAAUGGCCUGGACUGAAAUCACCAUCAUAAGAAAAACCCUGUUCCAAGGAUGCUCUGAUUCCUUUUGUCUUUUCACUGACACCAGAGGUGGAGGGGGGGCACUCUCCCCCCUCUGGUGGAUGACAUCACUUCCCAAACUUGCUUUGGCUGGCUUUCCUGCACUUGUCUCAUGGUAUGCUGAUAAAACUCAGCAACCUCUUUUCUCACAGGAAGCAACAUGCUGUACAGAGACCUUUCCUUCACUCUACGUGCUGCAGUCACAGGG